AUGCAUAUCUCUUCUUUAAUUUUCGCUCUUGCUGCUUCGACUUCGGUUCUCGCCCUCCCAGGUCCCGCAGUAACCCCAAAGCCUGAAUUGAUCGAAGACCCCGAAGUUCAUGAGCCUCUCAAAUCUCUCAAAGAGCUCGAGAAACUACCUUUCGACACUGUCUCAUUUAGCGAACUCCCAAACAAGGACUUCAAACAAAGUGAUAUCUACCGGAACACGCCCCUCGCUCGUAAACAGAAGGAUGGGAGCAUUGCACCGGCGCCAAAGCUGGUAGCCAGGACUCCUGGUGGUAUCUAUAUCACCACGGCUAUCAACUGGGGCGGAGAAAAGGGAUAUAAAGUCCAACCCUUCAAUACUUGUAUCCAAUUGGAUGCACCAUGGCUAUACACCAUCUCCUCCUUCGGGCCAGAUUAUGGAACGAAGUGUAUCUUCUAUGCACGCCGAGACUGUUCCAACGCCAAUGGUGAACCGGUAAUAUGGUACCCCGGAAACCCAGACUUGAGAAAUCACUAUCACACGAACUGGAACGAUAGGAUUGGAAGCUGGAGGUGUUGGUUGGAGUGGGCUACUGGACCACCGGUUACUGGGCCUUAUCCUUCUGCUGGUCUUUAUUCGACUAUAUCUCCAUAG